CAGGGACUGGGUAACGCGUAAUUCUCAGCCCUGGUUCGACAGGUAGAGUUCGCGCAUACACCCUGGUACAGGCCAGGCCCAGUGAGGGGUAACUGCCUGAGCUGCAACCUUUCCAAAUUGUUGACUGGUCCCCCUGUCAGGUGACCGGGAGAUGUGACCUGAGGCGUGAACAAUCACCUAAUGCGAGUGCACCCCCUUGUGAAGGGGGCACCCGGUUGGAAGGAGCAUGCCAUUGGAAACGCUGGAAAUCAUGGGGGAUUUUCUCACAAUGAACCAGUCAUCUUCAGUCAACGUCUACAAAACGUAUAUGAAUGUUACAAUGUCGGAUGCUAUAUUUACAAAUCCAAGAGGACAACAUUAUUUGUUUGAGUCAUUUUUCCUAAUGAAUAGGCAGAUACGAUACUUCCAUAUACCAGAAGAGAUGGAUAUCAUUCCAGCUAUUAAGAAGCAAAUAGAAAAGCUUGGCAAAAAGGAUGAUACAUAUCGCAGAGUUCAGCGGAAGAAAUAACAGAGACAUAAGUCAUUUAAACAUGUGUAUCCUGUUCAUUAUAAACUUUCCAUUAAUAUGAUUGACAUUUCACCACCUCAUGUGCAUGUAUAAUAGUACAAUGAAAGCAUUGUGUGAAAUCAACAAUAUAUUGGUGCAGAUAUUUUUUUCACUGGUUCUUCAUUUUACUGUGCCUUUGCAUAUAGAAACUGAUAUAUGAAUAU